ACGAGAGCGAAUCAUGUUUUUUCCUUCUUGUCAUGCGACUACCUUGGUGUAGUUUGUUAUAUUAUUAAUACAUGUGGUUGCGAGACAACUCACACCAUAUUAUCAAUUGAGGUGUAACAGCGGAUAAAUAUUCUGAUCAUGCCUUAUAGGUUUGAGAUAAAGACUAUGGCGGCAAUGAUUAUGUUAGUGUAUCUUGUUGUUUUUGUCAUCGGUAAACAGAACGGAGUCCUUGGGCAUACAUGUUCAAAUGACAAUUCCUUUAAUGCUUCCGGGCUAUCAAAGAUUGUUUUCGAUUCGACAAAUAACAAAUAUUACCUUGCUGGAUCAAACUACAUCUAUCAGUUGAAUGAUUCUUUUUGUGAAGAAGACAAAAUCAUGAACAAGAACCAGAUUCUCGUGAAAUAUGAUGAUUCGUUGAUUUUCUGUGGAACAGGUGAUGGUGGUAAUUGUAACAGAGUUCCUUUAGGUAACUUUAGUAGUGACGCAGUCUCCAAUACCACAGUUAAACUGCCAUCAAGUUUGUCACCCACUAUGGCUUUGUUUGGAAAGGUAUCAUGCGGCCCGGUUCUGAUUGUUGCAGCACCAAAUGAUUUAAUGAAUGACAGUCAAAUAUGUGUCUUUAAAUUGGAUAAUGACCAAUGUCAGUCAUAUAACAAUAGCUGUUACAAUUUAGAAAAUUAUAUACCAAAAGCAAUUUUUAUUCAGAAUGACUCGGUUUACUUCAUCUCUCAGAAAAUCAACGAUACAGCUGGAGCUAAUAUAUCAAGAUUCUCAAUUCAAAGUAUGGAUUUAUUUAAUAACUUUAACGAAAAUGUGAUUAAAUGUGAUAAUAAAACGUCUUUCAUUGCUGUGGCGAUUACAAGAGCCAGCAUAAACAAUGGUAGCGAAUAUGUUGGUGUAUCUGCUUUAUUUGAAGAUGCGUUAUGCACCUACGAAAUCGAGGCCAUUAACAAACACUUAGACAGUGGGACAAAACAGGACUUGGUUCCAGAAAGUCUACUCCCACUACCACCAUAUUUAGGCAUCUCAAGUACAGCAGCUUUUACCAGUUUUCCUGUAGUUGAGACUGGUUAUACUUUGUACUAUAUUGGAUUUGCAAAUGGAACAAUAUCCAGGAGUUUCACAACAACUAAUACCACAGAGUACAAUGGUGUUCAGCUUCACUUGAAACUUAACUCAUCUAUUCUUGAAAUAAAAUUUGUAAAUAAUGGCAUUGUUGCUGUGACGGGUGACUGGGUAAAAUUUCUAAGUGAAGAUAACUGCACUAAUAAAUCAUGGGAGGAUUGCUUAAAAAAUGAAGCCGGGCUUGCAUUGUGUGGCUGGUGUAUAAAGUAUAACAGGUGUGCUGUUUAUUCCGAAUGCGAAAGACCGUAUUGGCUUCCAAGUAUCGAAAAAUAUCCAAGGGUAUUUUCUAAGACAUCUUUCAAAAUGGGAGAAAAUACUACUGAGCUGAUAAUAUUCAACACGACUUGUUUGGAGGAAAAUGGCACCUUCACCUGUGUUUAUGGGAAAAAUAAAAGUUUCCCUGCUGUCAAAGAAAAUGUCUUAUUAGCAUGCACUGUUCCUGAUCUUGGAGACACUGGAAUUAUAAACCAGUCAGUUGUUUUGGAAUGGGUUCAAAGUGAUGGAAACAAAUCUAAUGUUGCUGAACAAACCAUCUAUUAUUACAACUGCAGUACACGGAACGAGACCAGUUGCGGAAAUGUAAUUGAAGCAAAUUGUACAUGGUGUCCAUGUAAUAACUCAUGUUUUGAUGUAGAUAAAAUCUGUAUGCCACCUUCUGAGGUUCCAAUGUCUUCCGCUAAUAUACCAUUUAAUAAAGGACCUGUAGCCGGGGGAACAAAACUCAACAUCACUGGAGCUGAUUGUGAUAAUGCCACAAACGAUGAGAUCACUGUAAAAAUAGGAGAUAAGUUUAAAUGUACAGAUAUUGAUACCUCUUAUAUGGAUAUCAUAUUAUGUAAAACAACUGAAGGAGAAGAACUAGCAGAUAACCUUACUGUUAAAGUGACUUGUAAUUGUAAGACGUUUAAUUUGAAUAGUACGUUCUCCUACGUUCCUAAUCCUGAAUUGGGCUAUAUCCAACCUAACAAAACAAUUGCAAGUGGCGGAGUUAACAUAACAGUGGUUGGUAACGGUUUUGAUUCCAUUCAACAACCGCAAAUUGGUAUUGUGGGAUCUCCGAAAUUUCUGGAUUGUUUUGAAAAUAGAAAUGGUAGUUUUAUGAUUUGUCCAGCACCUCAAAAUUUAUCACCGCAAACAAAAUCACCACCACCAAUACAAACAGUCGCUUCUAAAGAACGGCGAAAACGUGAGGUUGACCAAACUCACCCACUAGUAAUUAAGAUGGAUGGAGUUCAGAUGCAAGUUAAUUUUACUUAUGUCGAGGACCCCUUGAUCUAUGAAUUCGAAGAAGCGAACAACAUUCGAAUAUUGUCCGAGAGAAAUAGAAUUAUCGUUAUAAAAGGAAGCCGAUUAAAUGAGGCUGUUGGGGCAGAUGAUUACACUGUAUCAGUGGGAACAGCCGAUUGUCUUGUAUUUGUCAGAUUAUCAAGCACAGAACUAAAAUGUCAGGCGCCUGAACAAGAACCAGACAAACACAAUGAAACAUCACCAGGCCCAGAAGUUCAGGUAACGGUUGGUAACUUGGUAGUAGUCGUUGGCUAUUUGAGAUAUUUUGAACCAGGUCCAGACCCAACGUUAUAUAUUAUUAUUGGUAUAUUAGUAGCUGUGGUUAUUGUAGCAGUUAUUGUAUUUAAAUAUGUAUCUAAAAGGAAUAAAACAAAAUUUAGAGAAAGGAUUGAAAAAACAGAAAUGGAAGUAAUUGAGCAAUGUCGAGAAGUUUUUGCUGAUUUACAGACAGAUAUGACAGAUAUUACUGCUGAAUUAGUAGAACUUGGAAUUCCAUUUAAUAAUUUGUUUACAUAUGUAUUUCAAUUUGUAUUUCCACAAUGUUCUGCUGAGAAUAUCAAAUCACAUACAGCACUGACUGAUUUACAGAAUCAUGAAGGUACAGAACAAGACAUGGCCGCCAGUAUGAUCAAAUUAGAUCAGCUUAUCAGUAACAAAUUUUUCCUGGCUUCACUUAUACGAACUCUGGAUAGUCAAAGAAAAUUUAAAUUUCAAGACAGGUCUGAUGUGGCUGGUUAUCUAACAUUACUACUGAUAAAUAGAAUGGACUAUUUUACAGAAAUAGUUGAAAUGUUGUUACCAAAGUUAAUUCGAGAAAGCGUAGUUACAAAACAGCAACACAAUUUAUUUAAACGGUGCGAGACAGUCACAGAAAAAUUAGUUGUCAACUGGUUAGCGGUUUGUAUGUAUAACCCCUUAAAGAAACGAUCUGGUUCUGUGUUGUUUAUGUUAUAUAAGGCUAUUGAAAUCCUGUCCCAAAAAUGUGCUAUCGAUGCGGUCACUCAUCAAGCAUGUGCAACCCUAUGUCAACAUAAUUUGCUGGUGAUUGAUUUUGAACCGGAAGUACUGAAUUUGACUGUUUUUAUAAAUAAUGGUAAAUUUGAAACAACCUGUCGAGUACUUGACUGUGAUACCAUUACUCAAGUUAAGAACAAAUGUUUAAAUGCAACAUAUAAAGCCGAAACAACAUCUGAUAGGCCUGGAGUGGAGGAAAUAGAUUUAGAAUGGUGCCAACCAGAUUCUUCCCGUAAACUUUUACAUGAUCAAGAUGCGUCAAGUACUAUAGCCAGUAACGGCUAUCGGAAGCUGAAUACAAUGAAGCAUUACGGGGUUGAAAAUGGUUCUACAGUUUGCCUUCUCUCAAAAGAAAUAGCAGAUGCUGAUAAUGAAGUUUACGCUAACAUUGAUAGUUUCAAUGAUUCCAAGAAAUUGGUAUCCAUGGAAGAUACAGAAUCAAUAGAAUUAUUAGAACUUCCCACAUUUCAUCUGGUUAGAAGUGGGGAUAAACAGAAAACAAAGAGAGCAUUACCGGAAUUGAAUUUUAACAGAUUGUUACAGACAAAGGUUAGCUUAAAGAAAUAUAUAGAUGAUGUUAUAGAACAUAUCCUUAGUCUAGAUGAUAUACCUAUUCCUGUACGACAUUUAUUUAGUAUCUUAGAAAGUGCUGGUUUACAAGAACAUCAGGAUAUCACAACUAUAGAAUCAUGGAAAAUACAAAGUUUUGCAAUGAGAUUUUGGGCAAAGCUACUGUUACAACCUGAACUGUUGUUUGAUUUAAAUAAAGAAAGUGAAAAAUAUGUUCAACCUAACCUGAACGUUAUACAGUUGGCCUAUAUGGAUAGUUUUUCACCUUCAAAGAAGCUUGACAAGAAUUCACCGUCCUAUAAACUCAUGUUUUUGAAAGACUGUAUUGAAUAUAGAGACACAGUUCGAAGUUUCUUUAAAUCCAAAACAAUUUGUGCAAACGUUUCUUCCCAAGAACUUUCGGCUGAAUUAUCAAGUCUACCUACAGUGGCGGCUUCUAUUCCAAUAAACAGGCAGAGUGUAUUGUACCAGAUCUAUUCAGUUAUAGACAGUUACAUAGGACAGAUAAUAACUGAUCUGGAUGAAAUGAAUGAAGCUAGUCGACUCCAGUUGUCCACCAAACUUGAUAACGUUUUUGAAACCAUGCGAAAUAGUUAGAGGAACAUUUUAUUUUACCAAAUAUUCCAUUGUAUUUAUAUACUAAUUCAUUCAUAAGGUUUUCGUAGCUUUUUGAACGUAUUGCAUUAACUAGUGGUAUUACCUUCCAAAAAUGACAUUUUUUACUUUAUAGGCCUAUCAAACAUCUGAAGAUGUUCAUUGCGAACAGGCGCCGGGCUUAUAAUAUGAUAUAUUAAAAGUUGUUAAUUUUUUAACUGGACGUAUAUUUAUUUUGUUAUGUAUUUAUCUACCGUAAGCAUAAGAGUAUUUGAAACCACGCCAGUUGACUGAAUGAAAGGCUUUAUGAUACAGCGCGCAUGUGCUAACCAUUCUGCCAUCCAACCCCCCAUAUAGAAGAAGUAAGUGCAUAAACAACAAAACAAUAAACAAAUUAAUAUGCAUAUCAUAAGUAUUUACACAAGUUCCAGACACAUUUAAUGAGAUAUAUUUGUUGCUAACACCGUAUAAAAGAUUACAGAUAUUGAUCAAAUUGAGCAGUAAAAGAAUGAAAUAAUAUAAUAUGCAUUUUGAUAUGAUUUUUUUGUACAGAGUUAAGGUUGAAAAACACUGAUUUAGUAAUAAUUGUGUAAUUUGUAUUUAAAUAUAUUAAGAAAGUGGUACAAAAGAAUACUUCCUUAAGGAAGAUUGGUACUUGGAUUGUUUCGGGGGUAUUGUUUUAGUAGAUCACGAGCGUUAAAUGGCGGAAGUAUUGUGAUCAUGUGACAUCUGUGCAG